GUGCAUAGUUUUUUUUUUGAAAGUGUAAGAAUGGCAAAGGUAUGAGGGUAAAAUAGUAUCCUAUUCCUUUACACAGAACAGAGCUUGAAAGUGAAAGAGAGACGUUGGCAUGGCAUGUGAACAUUGGCUGUUCUCUCUACUCUAAUCGUUCUUCAAAAUCAACAAAGAAUUCAAGAGACAACCAAGUCAAACCCCACUCAGCCUUUCACUCCCCUGCCUUAAUAGAAGAAACUCAAACCGCCUUCUCUACUUCGGAAUCUAAUGUGAAUCUAAGUUAGAGCUAGAGCUAAAGCUCAUCAUUUUCUCUGUUUGCGCCUUUUGGGUUUUGAAAAUUUUGGUUUUUUUUUUUGGGUUCUUUAAAAUGGAAAGAUUAGUGAAGUGUGGCGGUGGAUUUGAAAAGAAAAAGGAUGGGUUUGAGCCGUUGGGUAGUGCCGAUUCGUUAACGGAGUCAAGAGAGAGCAGCUCGAGUGGGACUUCCAAGGAGGAAGCGAAGGCCACAGCGUGCUCUUCGCCGCCUCUGCUUGGUUGGCAUAUAAGGAAAGCCGGUGAAGUGUGCAAGAGCUCCGUUUCAAGUAACAAAGUGGACGCAGGUUUAUCUCUUUUGGAGGAUUUCGAUCUUACCAAAACCAAUUCGAAGAUUUCAGAGAUUGAUAUGAUGAAGGAGAGGUUUGCAAAAUUGCUGCUUGGUGAAGAUAUGUCAGGGUCUGGCAAAGGGGUUUCAACUGCUUUGGCUAUUUCAAAUGCCAUUACCAAUCUCUGUGCUACCAUUUUUGGGCAAUUAUGGAGACUAGAGCCUUUGCCCUUUGAGAAGAAAUCGAUGUGGCGAAGAGAGAUCGAGUUGCUUCUUUGUGUUAGUGAUCACAUUGUGGAAUUAAUUCCUUCUUGGCAAACAUUUCCUGAUGGCAGUAAGCUUGAGAUCAUGACUUGCAGGCCCAGAUCGGAUCUAUUCAUCAAUCUCCCAGCUUUGCGUAAAUUAGACAACAUGCUUCUUGAAAUAUUGGACAGUUUCAUAGACACAGAGUUUUGGUAUGUCGAUCAAGGGAUCGUAGCUCCAGAUGCUGAUGGGUCAGCUUCUUUUCGCAAGACGGUUCAACGGCAAGAGGAGAAGUGGUGGCUACCUGUUCCUCGAGUACCCGCGGCUGGUCUUAGUGAAAAAUCAAGGAAGCAAUUGAACCACAUCCGUGAAUGCACAAGUCAAGUUGUAAAAGCUGCUAUGGCUAUCAACAGCAUUGCUUUAGCUGAAAUGGAGGUUCCUAACUCAUAUUUGGAAGCUCUCCCAAAGAAUGGGAGAACUUGUUUAGGCGAUGUUAUUUACCGGUAUAUUACAUCAGAUCAAUUCUCUGCAGAAUGCCUGCUUGAUUGUCUGGACCUGUCCUCCGAGCACAUUGCUCUAGAGAUUGCAAACCGAGUGGAAGCCUCGAUUUAUGUUUGGCGUCGAAGAGCUCAUCCAAAACCUCCAAUUAACCCAACUCGGUCCACCACUAAAUCAUCGUGGGAGAUGGUUAAGGACCUAAUGGCUGAUGGUGAUAAAAGGGAAUUUCUUGCAGAAAGAUCUGAAGGCCUACUGAUCUGUUUGAAGCAGCGGUUCCCUAGUCUAACCCAAACUACACUGGACACAAGCAAAAUCCAGUGCAACGAGGACAUUGGAAAAUCAAUUCUUGAAAGCUAUUCAAGAGUUCUGGAGAGCCUAGCAUUCAAUAUUGUAGCCCGUAUAGACGACUUGCUAUAUGUGGAUGACUGGACUAAACAUUCAGAUAGAUUAUCAUCCGUUCCUGGACUCAGUGUGAUUGGACAUAAGAAGGUUUCGAUCCCACACACAGUGCCCACCUCAAGCACUCCGCACAGCACACCAAGGUAUUCACCUGCACCACCAGUCAGUCCUCUGAGGGGGGAGAGAACUCCGUUUAUCAACAUAACCAAUAAUAGCAAGGCCCACCGUCGCGGGUUUGGUGUGAAAAGAGUCCUGAACAAUUAUCUUGGUAUAGACACAAAAGCCAAGAUCUGUGGCAAUCCAACCGCAAGUGAGAAUGGCGCAGAAGGUCGUGGACAUCAGGAGUCAUCGGCACCGCGGAGUGGGACGAAAUCAAGCCAAAAUCCUCCCCGGUAUACAGUCUCUUGAAAUGGCCAGUGGAGAGUCUCAAUUAACAUGCUUAGAGAAUUAGGAUUGUUUAUUACACUUCAGUAACCAAUCAUGUUACAAUGCUUGCUUGCCUUCUUGUUAUAGUUUGGUUUCAAGCUGAUCCUGUUCUUGAUAAUUGAUUGUUGAAGUUGGAUCAGGAUUUAUUUGUCUUA